UAAUAAAAAGGAAACCAGGGGUUCUGUCAGAGACCGUUGAACUGAGAGGUUUGGAACGCAGAAGUGUUGAAGUUAGUAUUCCGUUGAGCUAUAUAGAAAGUUCUUUCAGAUAGCGUUGAGCGCUACUGGAGCUUGGUUUGCCGUCGCCGCUGAAAGCAAGUCGCGGCCAUUGCCUUCUCAGUCCCCUCGCCGGCGACCGAAAGAGAAAAGUUGGAAUCCUUCGAAUCAAGUCCUCAAGUCGCAGGUUAGAAUGCUUUUGUACUGUGUAGUCUGGAGUCACACGAGUCAAAGCUCAUUCCGUCAAGUCACAGCUGGACCCAAACAAUGUUUGCUACUCUUGGUACCCAGCGGUUCUUCAACAAGCUCCAGCCUUUUCUGUUCUCCUCUGUCAAUAGCUGUUCUUGGUUUAGCAGAAUUAUUAUUAACCAUGUGCAUUCCUUCGCGCAAUCCAAACAGAGGAGAUCUGUCCGACAAGGUAAUCGACCUUUGAGCAAGUCUAUCAGAUCAAUUCAGAAACAAGACGUAGAUCUCCCUAAUGUUUUCAUGAGGGAUACAAUCACAAGAUUAUCACAUAUACUGAGAUUUUCAAGUUGGGAUUCUGCUCAAGAGCAGUUGAUGGGGCUUUCCAUAAAAUGGGAUUCCUACACAGUUAAUCAAGUUCUCAAGACUCAUCCCCCUAUGGAGAAGGCCUGGUUGUUUUUCAAUUGGGCCUCUAAGUUGAAAGGGUUUAAGCAUGAUCACUUUACCUACACGACUAUGUUGGAUAUUUUUGGGGAAGCUGGGAGGAUUUCAUCCAUGAAUUAUAUAUAUAAGCAGAUGCAAGACAAAGGAAUCAAGAUAGAUGCAGUGACCUAUACAUCCCUUCUUCACUGGCUUUCCAACCAUGGGGACAUUGAUGGGUCAAUUAAAUUGUGGCAGGAGAUGAAAGAUAAAGGAUGUGUUCCUAAUGUUGUUUCCUACACUGCAUACAUGAAAGUUUUAUUUGAUCACAAUCGAGUUAAGGAAGGAGCCAAGAUAUACAAGGAGAUGCUUCAAUCUGGUUGUUCUCCCAACUGCCACACAUACACUGUCCUCAUGGAGCAUCUUGCUGGUUCUGGUGAGAGCGAUUUGCUUGUUCGUUUAUUUUUGGGAAAAUUUGAUAGAGUUCUCGAGAUUUUCAGUAAAAUGCAAGAUGCAGGGGUUCAACCAGAUAAAGCUGCAUGCAACAUUUUAGUGGAAAAAUGCUGCAAAGCUGGGGAAACGCAAGCAAUGAUGAAAAUUCUUCACUACAUGAAGGAGAAGUUUCUUGUUCUGCGUUAUUCUGUCUAUCAAGAGGCUCUUCUCACGUUGAAGAUAGCUGGGGUGAGUGAUCGGCUACUCAGGGAUGUCAACCGUCAUCUGUCCUUAGAAAAGUUCAACCAUGAUCAGAUUGACAGAUCAGAUGGAACCACUGAAACUACUUGCCUCACUUUUGAUGAUAAGAUGAUUUUGUACUUGUUGAAGAAGCAAAGUCUUCUUGCUGUUGAUUACUUACUAGAUAGCUUGAUGAGUAAGCGUCUCAAAUUGGAUUCUGGAAUAGUGUCAACUAUAGUUGAGGUAAACUGUAACCGUGGUAGAGUAAAUGGUGCUUUUUUGGCCUUUGAGUUCAGUGUGAAAUUGAGCAUAACCAUUGAAAGAAUUAUGUAUCUCAUGUUGGUUGGCGAACUUAUUAGAACAAAUUCACUUUCAAGGGUUGUGGACAUUGUUGAAGCAGUGGUUGGGGCAGGACUAUCAUUAGGGUCAGAACUAACUGCUCUUCUGAUACAUCGGCUUGGCUGCACUAGAGAGCCCACUUCUGCGGAAAAGUUAUUUAGCAUCUUACCUGAUCAGCAGAAGAGUACUGCUGUAUAUACUGCUUUAAUAAACACCUACUUCACUUGUGGGAAUGCUGAGAAAGGACUUGAAAUAUUUGAGACCAUGAGAAAGCAAGGGAUAAAUAUGGCAUUAAGUACUUACUGUGUCCUAUUGAAUGGUCUUGAAAGAAAUGGCUUAUUUGAUAAAGUACAAUCUUAUAGGAAAGAAAAGAAGAAAUUUAAAUCUGAAAGCUGCACUACAGACAUGUCUAAGGAAGAAACAGUGUGCGAUCUUCUUUUUGCUGGAAACUUAGUCGUUUGAGACACAGGUCUCCAGACACUUUCUUUGAAUGAUUGGAGUAUCUGGUGUACAAAAAUAGCCGUUCUUUAUAACUUGAGUUGUUCUGGAUUUGCAUAAGUUAGCAAACACAAAGAAGUGUAAGCUUUUGCUGUCUAUGGUAUGGCCUAAAUUGUUUACAGAAGUGAGGUAUGCCCAAGAGAGUAUGCAGGAGAAUUAUUGCAGCUUAUAGAAGCCCACAUGCUGAAAUAAGAUUUUGGACUGGAUAAUCUCUUGCGAAUCAAACUUAAAUGACCUCUCGUCUUUGAAAAGUUUAACUUAUCUUUAGAAGCUGGAGUAGAAGGAUUGAUUGUGUCAAAUCAUGCGGCUUGAGAGCUUGAUUAUUCUCCUGCGACAUUAUGGCCUUAAACAGCAGGUCACUGAAACAUUCUAUGGGGAGUUCCUAUUUUUCUGGAUGAUGGAAUCUGCCAUGAGUCUGAUUUCUUCAAAGCAUUUGCUCAGUGCAGAAAGCAGAACCAUUACAUUAUGAGGUAGCAAAGGAAGAAAAAUCCACUGUGAAAGUCAUUUGGUACCUAGAUCCCAUUCCAUCACAUGAUUAAGUCCUCUUGGCUACCCCCGGCAGUUUGGACUGACGACAGUGGUAAGUGAUUCUUCCUCUAAGGAGCUGGUUUUAUCACAUCUCCUUGUAUAUCACCUCGGUUUAAAAAGCUGAUCUUGAAUCUUUGUGCAAUGAGAAUCCCCUCGUGCCAAGUUCGUUUAAGAUUGCCAGUAAGCUAUACUAAUAAUGGUCCUCAGUUUCUUGCUGAAGAGCCAUAUAUAUUAAAGUUAAAAGUUGCAUAUGUAUCAGUUCUGAUUUGAGAAUGAAUGACAUAUAGGCACUUGAAAUGGAAACAGAAGCAGAUGGUCUCUUUCCAAAGAGCUCUCUAUGCUCAGCUAUCCCACCAUAAUAUCAUGUUUGGUGAAUUCAAAUCAUAUGCACCGACACUGUAAUCAAUUUUGACCAAUUAUAGUAAGAUACUUGCCUUACUCCGAA